GCGGCGGGAGCGCGGCUGCCUGGGCCCGCGGCUCCGCAGGGUGGCUGCCGUUGCUGCUAUUGAGGGGCGGCGGCGGCGCAGACGGGCGGGAAGGAUGAUGAUGGUUCCGCGGCCAGAGCGGCGGAUGCAGACCGGGAACGAGGUUGACAUUUGGCCGAAGAGACGUGUGUCCCGAAGCAGCCGGCGCCAGUGUCGCUGAGGCAGCGCGGAGGACUGACUGACCGACUGACUGAAGGCGGCCCGAGAGCCGGCCCCAGGGGACCGUGCGGUUUACGAGAUGCCGGGGCCGCCGGUGUCCUCUCCGCCGCCGGUGCUGCUGCUGCUGCUGCUCCUGGCCGUCGGCAGUGCCCGGGCCGCGCCACUUCCGCAAACAGGUGCAGGGGAAGCACCUGUUGCAGAAGUUCCUUCCCUGUUUCUGAUCCUGUCGGUGUGCAGUUUAAUGAUACUGAUAGUGUUAAUUGCAAACUGUGUUUCCUGCUGUAAGGACCCAGAAAUAGACUUUAAGGAAUUUGAAGAUAAUUUUGAUGAUGAGAUAGAUUUCACACCACCAGCAGAAGACACCCCCUCUGUCCAGUCCCCAGCAGAGGUCUUCACACUCUCAGUGCCAAAUAUUUCACUUCCAGCUCCAUCCCAGUUCCAGUCUUCUGUGGAAGGUUUCAAGUCUCAAGUUGCCCGGCACAGUCUAAACUAUAUACAAGAAAUCGGAAGUGGCUGGUUUGGAAAGGUCCUCCUGGGAGAGACGUACACCGGCACCAGCGUAGCAAGAGUCAUAGUGAAGGAGUUAAAAGCAAGUGCAAGCCCAAAGGAACAAGAUACUUUCCUAAAAAAUGGAGAGCCUUAUUACAUUCUUCAGCAUCCGAAUGUUCUUCAGUGUGUGGGGCAGUGCGUGGAAGCAAUUCCCUACCUUCUGGUGUUUGAGUUCUGCGACCUGGGCGACCUGAAGGCUUACCUGCGCAAUGAGCAAGAGCAUGUGCGGGGCGAUUCACAGACCAUGCUGCUGCAGAGGAUGGCGUGUGAGAUUGCUGCAGGGUUGGCAGCCAUGCACAAGCUGCACUUCCUGCACAGUGAUCUGGCCCUACGGAAUUGUUUUCUCACCUCCGACUUAAAUGUCAAAGUGGGCGACUAUGGAAUAGGAUUCAGCAGAUACAAGGAGGAUUACAUUGAGACAGAUGACAAAAAAAUUUUCCCUCUGAGGUGGACUGCUCCAGAAUUAGUGACCAGCUUUCAAGACAGACUCCUGACUGCAGAGCAGACUAAAUACAGUAAUAUCUGGUCAUUGGGUGUGACACUUUGGGAACUCUUCAGUAAUGCUGCUCAGCCUUACGCAAAUCUUUCCGACCUGGAUGUUCUCAAUCAAGUCAUUAGAGAGAGGGACAUGAAACUCCCAAAACCCCACCUGGAGCAGCCUUAUUCUGAUAGAUGGUAUGAAGUGUUACAGUUCUGCUGGCUGUCUCCUGACAAGAGGCCAGCCGCAGAAGAUGUGCACCGACUACUCACUUACCUGCGGAUGCAGAGCCAGCGGGACUCAGAGGUCGACUUUGAACAGCAGUGGACCGCUCUCAAGCCAAACACCACCAGCAGGGACACGUCAAGUAGUGCGGCCUUCCCCAUCCUAGACCACUUUGCCCGGGACCGGCUAGGUCGGGAGAUGGAAGAGGUCCUCACAGUGACUGAGACCAGCCAGGGGCUGAGCUUUGAGUAUGUGUGGGAAGCUGCCAAGCAUGACCAUUUUGAUGAGCGAGGUCGAAGUCACCCAGACGAAGCCUUGUCGUUCUCCAGCAUGUUCUUCCCAGUUGAAGUGUUUGAGAAUUCACUUUCAGAUCCUGGCCCUGGCAAACAAGAUGACAGUGGCCAAGAGGUACCCCUGAGGGCCCCUGGGGUGGUUCCUGUGUUUGAUGCCCACAACCUCUCUGUUGGAAGUGACUAUUACAUCCAAUUGGAAGAGAAAAGCAGUAGCAAUUUAGGGCUGGAUUAUCCGCCUGCACUGCUCACAACUGAAGUGGAUAAUCCAGAAAGGGUUGGCACUGAGGCACCCCAGCUUACGACCCUCAAGAAUCUUGUGUCCGAGGAGCCCAGUACAGAUGACGAUUUCUUCCAGAGCAGUGCCCACCCUAAAGAACCCAGCUCUGCUGAGGACUCGCAUGCAGCCAGCCUCCCUGGGAGCCCUUUCAACAUUUCCAGUGACCUUGACAGAGCAGAUGACCUGCCCAGUCACCAAAAAAUAUUUGAUCUAAUGGAACAAAAUGGGGUCCAAACUGACUUUAAUCCAGCCACCUUGAGUUCGAGCCUGGAUGACCCCAAAGACACUUGCCACCCCGACAAAGAAAAGUCCCUCAAACUGCUCGACCAGGACUCUCUGUGCUUAUCAGAAAGUCUUUUGCACCAAGAUCACUUUGAUCCACUGAGUGUUCAAGAAUUAUCAAAAAACUUUUUAUUUCUUCAGGAGAAAAACCUUCUGAAAGACUCGCUGCCUAGCAAGGAGCCAGUGAAUGAUCUUCAAACAGAACUUAAGAAUGCAGGUUUUACCUCAGCACUGUUAGGUUCACCCCAGAGAGACUCUGUGAGUUCUGAAGUUGAGUUUCCUGAGAAGACACUGGGCUUUCCUCUGUCACAGGAAAACAUGAGCAGAGAGAAUGGAAGUACAGGUGUCCUGCUUCAGGACAGUACAUCACCACAAGCCUGCCCAGAAGUGCAGACACCUCCGGCCUCACUCACAGAAGAAGCACCUUCUAAUGGCCCCUUAGAUUCAAUUCUGAGGCCAGGAGAAACCAAAUCUUUUAUAGAUGUCAGAGUCCCUGAGGACUCCAUCUGCCUGGCUGUAAGCCCCAGCCCUAUGACUGCCCCAGAUGAAACUCUUACUGAUGCCAAAACUCAUGAUGAGGGAGAUGGACCCCCAGACAUCACUUGCCAAAACAAGGAGACCUUGCAUCUAACCAAAAGAGACUCAACUUUUGUGAAUGAUGGUCUUGCUGGUCAGGGUAGUAUGGAGACUAGUCUUCCAGAAUCCAGACAGGAUUUGCAAAAUCAGCCAUUUUCAGAAGACCUUCUUAGUGGCAGCUUACUGGAGAAAAGCUCGGAAGCUGUGGAGGCUUUAAAUCAGAUUAAUUAUAAGGCUGCCCCAAAAGAUGCAGCCUUGGCGUCUGCCCUCUCCUCAGACUCCACCAGCCAAGAUAGCCUCUUAGAAGACAGUUUGUCAACACCCAUCCCCACCUCAGAGCAGUCUGUGGAGACACCAGAUUCCCUGGACUCGGUGGAUGUCCACGAGGCCUUGCUAGAGUCCCUGGGCUCCCACACCCCGCAGAAACUCUUGCCCCCUGAUAAGCCCGCAGACAGUGGCUAUGAAACAGAGAACCUGGAGUCUCCUGAGUGGACCCUGCACCCUGCACCUGAAGGCACUGCUGAUUCAGACACGGCUGCCGCAGGGGACAGUGGUCAGAACAGUUUGCCUCCCAAUCCAGUCAUUGUCAUCUCAGAUGCAGGUGAUGGCCACAGGGGUGCUGAAGGUCACCCUCAGAGCUUCACACUAGGCACCCAGAGUUCAUAUCGAGACUCUGCAUACUUCUCAGACAAUGACUCAGAGCCAGAUAAAAAGUCUGAGGAGGUCCCAGUGACCUCUGCCUCUGCCUCUGCCUCUGCCUCUGCCCCAGCCUUGGUAAAAGGCCAGUCCCCACCCGAGCCUGUUGUUCCAGAGGAAAGUUCUGACGUCGGAGAUAGCUGUUUGGAAGCCUCACAGAGCCAGCCAGAUCAAAGUCAGGUGUCUGCUUUGCAGAAUUCUUGUCACUCAGAACUACAAGAAAUGUUGCAGCCCAUACCAGCUGAUGCUUCCAAAGAGACAUUUUCUGUAGAUGAUGAGGCCAGCAGCCCCUUUAGUUUGCUGAAUUCAGAACUUAGCAGCUGUGAUGACCUGGAGACACAGGAAGAUCGCCCAUGCACCCUGGCCUCUACCGGCACCAACACUAAUGAACUCCUUGCAUACACAAGUUCCACACUGGAUAAGUCCAUGUCCAGCCACUUUGAGGGCCCGAAGCUGAAGGAGCCAGACAUCGAAGGGAAGUACCUCGGCAAACUCUGCGUGUCUGGGGUGCUGGACCUCUCAGAGGAUGGGAUGGAUGCUGAUGAGGAAGACGAGAACAGUGACGACUCGGACGAGGACCUGCGGGCCUUCAACUUGCACAGCCUUAGCUCCGAGUCAGAAGACGACACAGAGCACCCGGUGCCCAUUAUAGUUAGUAAUGAUGACGGCAGGCACUUGCGGAGUUUGUUGAAACCCUCAGCUGCGGAGGCCAUUGAGCAGCUGCCAGAUGACUGGAAGAAGGAAAAGAAGGCAGUGACAUUUUUUGAUGAUGUCACCGUUUACCUGUUUGACCAGGAAACUCCCACCAAAGAACUGGGGCACUGCGGAGGAGAAGCGCAUGGUCCUGGGCCCAGCAGCCCAGCAGCAGCAGCAGGCUCACCCUACCUGGGCAGGUGUAUGAAUUCGGAGAGCUCCACGGAUGAAGAAGGUGGAGGCUUUGAAUGGGAUGAUGACUUCUCCCCAGAUCCUUUCAUGUCCAAAACAACAAGCCUUCUGGGUUCCAAGCCUUCUCUGCAAACCUCCAAAUACUUUUCUCCCCCACCACCGGCCAGGAGUGCGGAGCAGAACUGGCCACAUGUGUCCCCCUGCUCGAGGUUCUCCAUCUCUCCUGCCAACAUUGCCAGCUUCUCUCUCACACACCUCACAGACUCAGACAUUGAACAAGGAGGCAGCAGUGAAGAUGGAGAGAAAGAUUAGGCAGCUGUGGACACACUCUCCUGGCCCAAGCAGCGUUUCUGCAUGUCCGCCUGAGCGACGACAUCGACUCCUUGGUGGCUGACAUAAGGCUCAGGAAUGAUGGGGAGCCGGGCCACCACACCAGGAAGCCAGCUCCCUCUGCAGCCCUCGCCUGUACUGCUCAUGCAUUAGACGUGCUCUGUGCUGGGCAUCCUGUUGAGGUGGCUGCACUUCCACAUGGCUUUGGCGCAUGAGUGUUGGGGACCUGUGCAUCUCAGGUCCUGGGUCUGUUUUCUGUGGGUGUCUUCCCCACCACAUCUGAGCUUCUAGUUUGGGCACAGGUGCCACAAAGUGGUACAGCAGGGGAAUGGUCACAAGUGAGCCAUAUUUAUUGUUUUUUAAGGAAAUCACUAAUUGCUCUCUGACUGCACUGUGGGUGAGUGUUUGAACUCCCAAUAUUGUACAGCAUCGUAAAUUAUACAAGGAAAACAUGGCAGGCCAAGAUGGUGCUGUCCACUGUUUUUUAGGUGUUUUUUUUUGUUUUGUUUUGUUUUUGGCUUUUGUUUCUUUUUCUUUUUCUUUUUCCUGUCUUCUCGUGUAUUUGCCCUGCAUGGUACUGUAAAGCUUCAAUAUUUUGAGUGUUCUGUCUUCAGACCUGUGGGAAGUGUACACAGGUACUCUUUCCCAGGCCAUGCUGACUCUGGGUGUUUGUGUUCUAUGUUCCUAGAGGAAAUAUUUUUGAUGAGUUCAGAACUGCUACUUAGUUUCGUUGAUUGCAUCAAGCAUGUUUCUUUAUAAGGUGGAUUCUCUCUGAGCAGCCUGUCCUGCCUCUUGUGCUUUAAAUCCUUUUGGUAAAAAUCCAGUAAGAGAUGCACCCAGAACUCGGUGCUCUCAGUGCCCAGGGCCAUUUUCUGCUGUGGCAGAUGAGGCCCCACUACUUCCUCUCCACAGAGGCUAGCCUGCAAGAGUUCUCAUAUGUCCUGCAGGCAGGCGAGGACCUCUGAGGCCCCACGAGGAACUGUGGGCGCAAAGAGCAGUUUGUCCAGUACAGAUGCUGAGAGAGCUGUUUGAGAACGGCUGUGGCUGGGGCUUCCCAUUCCAGGCCACAGCCCUGGGGAACCCACACAUACCUCCCCUUCUGUUUCAAGCACUCUGCUCUCCUCUUGUUCUGAAAGGGAUCUCAAGUCUCCAGCAUCGCCUCAGCAUCGAAGGAUCUGGUAUCCCCAACACAAGGCUGGCCUCGCUCUGCUGGCCAGGAGUCCUGCUUUGACGUAAGGAAGUGUUUGUGGCCAGUGCCGUGGCAAUGCCAUGUUGAGCGGGAACUGCACCUGUUGGGGUGGCUCUUACAUGGGCUGAUCACCCCCAAUAUUUCCCGGUGCUGACCCCACUCCAGACUCCAGUGUGACAUUGGGGCGAGUCUCCAGGCCCUGACUGGGACAUGGUGAUGUCAAUCAGAGGGACUUGGGCCCUCCUACAGAGUGCAAGUGUGGAUGUUGGCGUCCGUUUACGUAGCAAAUUAUGAUCUUUAUUAUCAACUCUUGAUUCGAUCCAUGAAUUUUUUUUUUUAUACUAAGCAAUAACUUUACAAUCAACAGAAGACAAUUAAGAAGAGAGAGUCUCCUUUUCCCGUACUUGGUGCAGGCCUAGCAUGCCGGGGCUCCAUAGAAAGCACUGGAUCUUGUGACAUGUAUAUUACAAACAGGGCAUUUGAAAGUAAUUUUGCCAAAACUGUCAUAACUGAAUUUUUUGCUGUAUGGAAUUUCUGAUUUUUUUUUACCUCUAUCUACCAGUCUUAGUUGAGAAGGAGAGAAGCAGUUAUAUUAAGAUUUUUUUCUUUUCAAAUUAUAGGUUUAAGAAGUUCAGAUUCACUGAUUACAAUCACGGGGAUCCAUAGACUCUAUAUAUAGCCUUCUUACACAGCCAGCCCGAGGUGGAUUUAUUGAUGGCUGAGGGCUGGCCAUCUUUCACCGUGUUGAGGGGAUUUUAACAAUACAAUCCCAUUUAUAUUUAUAUCUAUAUCACUCUCAUGGUUAAUUGCCAAAACAAAAGCAUUUUAUAUCUUGAGUUGGGUGGGGGUG